UCUGUGACAGUCAUAAUUUAUCUGUCAAAAGUCAAUGCUAUUUUUUUGUUAUGACUUUUGCUAAUUUGCUUGAUUUUGGUAAAACAAAACGGUCAAACAUAACAAAUAGAAAAAUGUCCACUGUGCUAAUAAUUAAACAUUUACCAGCUAUGUUGUCUUUAGAAGAUAAACAACAACUGUUAAAACAUUUUGGAGCUGAACAGGUUUGGGAAACUUCAAAAAAACGCGACUAUUUAUUCGCUUCAUUUUCUACAGUAGAAAAAGCUAAAUCUUCUUUAACACGCCUGCACCAACUAGAAAUCGCUAACAGAAGACUAGUUGUAGAAUAUUCUUUUGAAAAAGUACCAGUGGAACAAACUAAACAAAAACACGAUACUAAUUCAAGUACCACGGUUUUAAUAAAAGACUUUUUACGCGCCCUCAAUGCUUGGAAUCCAUCAGUAGACUUUUACCAGCCACCGCCUGUACAUAUUAAAUAUAAAUAUCCAAAAGUGACACCCCAAGUGGUCAUUAAUAUCAUCCAUUCUUUAUUUACACACCAACCAUUUUAUACUCAAACUUUACAUUUAAUGAAUAAGAUGUCACUUGAUACUCCAUUUAGAGAAAAUAAUACAGCUUUAACAUUUUUCAAAGAAACUUUCAGAGAGUAUUUUUUGGAUGAAAUACCAAUACUUCCACCCAGCGAGUCAGAAUCUGAAAUAUCAAGUGAUGAAACUUAUGAUAAGCAUAAACAACUUUUGCCCUCUGUCUCCAAGAGGAAAUCUACAUUACCAAAAACGAGAAAGAGGCCAGCGGCUGUUCUCUCUACAGCAACAUUAACCAAGCCAAAGAAACCGCACAUAACUAUUGACCAAAAAGAAGUAUUUGAUGUUGUUAGUCCUAUUGCUGUUGAAACAAAAAAAAUAUCAUUAGUUGUAUCUCAGGAUGCAUUGGCAAAGCAAUCAGAGGAGCCUGAAGUUGUCGGUGAGCUAGGAAAGUUUGAAAAAGAACAACCAACUGUAUAUGAUACAGUUGAAACUUCUGAACCAGAUCAGCCAACAAUAACUAGAAAAGAGUUGUUGAAGAACAGGAUAUCAUAUAGGAACAUGAAAGUUCUGCCAGUCUUUAAAAAUUAUCACCCAGGAGAACCAUCUAUGAGGUUGUACAUAAAGAAUUUAGCUAAAACAGUAACAGAACAAGAUGUUAAACGAAUAUACAAGCGUUAUGUAGAACAUAUACCAGAAGAUGAGCUGAUAGGCUUUGAUGUGAGAGUGAUGCAAGAAGGUAGAAUGAAGGGACAAGGCUUUGUUACAUUCCCCUCAGUCAAGAUAGCAGAGAAUGCUUUAAAUGAAACAAAUGGGUAUUUGCUAAAAGAAAAACCAAUGGUUGUACAGUUUGCUAGGGCUGCUAAUAAAAAAACUAUAGAUUAA